GGAGCUACACCUUCUACUAGGACAGGACCGAGCCGUGCUGCUUCAGGGAAUUACUACAAGUUUACAGAAUCAUCAUCACCACGGUCCCGAGGCGACGAGGCUAGCUUGGAAAGUAACGUUAAUUUUCAAGCUGGAACUUAUUGUCUGACACUAGCAAUUUCCAUGUAUGGAAAUCAUAUUGGAUCCUUGGAGAUUUUGACAAAGGAAGGAACUAGUGCUGAAGUAAGGCAUAAAAUCUACAGUGGAAACCAGGGGAGAAAUUGGUUUAAUUAUUCAAAGGAACUCACCCUCACGCCUUUAUCAAAGAUCAUCAUCAGAACCAAAGUUGGCGGGAACAGAAGAAGAAGCUUUAAAGGAGACAUUGCUGUAGAUAACAUUGUACUGGAAAAUGGAGCUUGUAUCUAAUGACGAAUGGAUCGGGUGUGACGCGCACUAAUGGAUCGUGAACAGACGAAUCAUGAAUUGCCCCUUU